UUCUACAUGGUGCUUGUGUAUAAUUUAUUUUUACUAUAUAUAGGAAGGAGACUUCAGAAACAGUUGAUAGAUACACACAUGAAGUACCGCCUCGAUAGUAGCUUUAUCGACGAAACUGCUAUCAGAAGCUUAAUCGUAUCAAUUUCACUCAAUCACGUAUUUAGUGGUGGGGGUGGGAAAACAAAUCAUCAACAGAAACCAGUAGGAGAAUGCCUAUUGUCUCGCUUGUGUAUAAUUCCUUCGAACAGCAACCAUAAAUGUUACGUAAAGAUGACACAGCAUCUUUGAGUAAAGUAUUAUUUCAUAUUUGAUAACACAUUACUGUAUCAAUCUUAUAAUAGUCGUAUUACCAUGAGCCGAAUAGUGAUAUUUGGAGCUACCGGAAAUACCGGAUUAUGCGCUUUAACCAGUGCAGUGCAGAGGGGACUAGAUGUAAGGGUAUUCGUGAGGGAUGAAACAAAAGUUCCAUCAAACUUAAAGAAUAAAGUAGAAACAGUUGUUGGAAAUGUUACCAAUUUAGAACAGGUUUCUAAUGCAGUAUGUGACACAGAUGCAGUGGUUGUUGUGCUAGGCACAAGAAAUGACCUAAGUCCAACUACUGUAUUAUCCCAGGGUAUGAAAAAUAUAAUAGAUGCUAUGAAAGUACAUAAUGUAAAUGUAGUGUCUGUUUGCUUAUCUGCAUUUUUGUUCUAUGAACUUGAAGCAGUUCCUGCUAUUUUUAAAGAUUUAAAUGCAGAUCAUCAACGCAUGUUUGAUCUCCUCAAAGAAAGUGAUUUGAACUGGAUUGCAGUAUUACCACCACAUAUUGCAGAUGCACCAAGUUCAAAAUAUGUAGUAAAGUACGAUGUGUCCCCUGGUCGAGCUAUAUCCAAACAUGAUUUAGGUGCUUUCCUUAUCGAAAGCCUUCAGCAAUCAGAACAUUAUAAGAAAGUUUGUGGCAUUGCAACUGUUUCAUGAUACAAUUAGAAAUAUGAUUAUACACAAAUAAACAUUUUUGAAUAAUUCAUUAAUGAAGUGUAGGUAAUUA